AGAGGGGGGCGUGGGGCCGCCGCGGGGCACCUGUCGCGAGGGGCCGCUGCCGGGCGCGCGCUCCACUCAGCCUCGUUGCCUGCGCGGGGGCGCCCGGCGGGCGGGCGGCUCCUCCUCUUCCUCCCCCCCCGCCCCGCAGCCGCCAGCGCGGAGCGGUCACCGUGACGGGGAAGCAGCGGGUUGGGCUUGUAGCGCGGAGUUCUUACCGGCGCUGAGGGGCGCUGCCGCGGGGCUUCGCCUUCCUCGGGGAAGUGCCGCCCCUGCCGCCUCCUCCUCUUUCUCCCCGCCUCCGCGAGGGUCCGCUUCACUUUGGCAGCCCCCGGCGGUGUCCCUGCGGCCGUUACCGGGCGCAUCACGUCGGGUUGCUGGUUGUAGUAUCAGCCUUUCCAGACAAAAAGGCGGCGCGGGGCGAUUCCCAGCUCAAGAUCAGUGUGCUUGUGCUGAUUUUCCGAUGAAGUACAUCCUGGUAACUGGUGGUGUCAUCUCAGGCAUUGGCAAAGGGAUCAUUGCAAGCAGCAUUGGCACCAUACUGAAAUCAUGUGGUCUACGUGUCACUGCAAUCAAAAUUGAUCCUUACAUAAACAUAGAUGCUGGAACCUUUUCACCAUAUGAACAUGGUGAAGUUUUUGUAUUGAAUGAUGGUGGAGAAGUUGACUUAGAUUUGGGAAAUUAUGAGAGAUUUUUGGACAUCAAUCUCUAUAAAGAUAACAACAUCACCACUGGGAAGAUAUAUCAGCAUGUCAUUAAUAAGGAAAGACAUGGUGAUUACCUGGGAAAAACUGUUCAAGUUGUUCCGCACAUCACUGAUGCAGUUCAGGAAUGGGUAAUGAAUCAGGCAAAAGUUCCGGUGGAUGAUGACAGAAAAGAGCCACAAAUUUGUGUAAUCGAGCUGGGUGGAACCAUUGGAGACAUUGAAGGAAUGCCAUUUGUUGAAGCAUUUAGACAGUUUCAGUUCAAAGCAAGAAGAGAGAAUUUCUGUAAUAUCCAUGUUAGUCUAGUGCCACAGCCUAAUGCCACUGGCGAACAGAAGACAAAACCAACACAGAACAGUGUUCGAGCACUGAGGGGUCUAGGCUUGUCUCCAGAUUUGAUUGUCUGCAGAAGUGCAAAACCUAUAGAAAUGGCAGUAAAGGAGAAGAUUUCCAUGUUUUGCCAUGUGGAGCCUGAGCAGGUAAUAUUUAUCCAUGAUGUUUCUUCCACUUACCGAGUACCAAUCCUGUUGGAAGAGCAAGGCAUCAUUAAGUACUUUAAACAGAGGUUAAAUUUACCUAUUGAUGACCAACCAAGUGAUCUUCUGAUGAAAUGGAAGAAAAUGGCUGACAGAUACGAAAGGUUGCUGAAGGUGUGUUCCAUAGCUCUCGUUGGCAAGUACACAAAACUAAGUGAUUGCUAUGCAUCUGUUUUCAAGGCUCUGGAACACUCUGCGCUGGCAAUUAAUCACAAACUGGAUUUAAUGUACAUAGACUCAACAGAGCUUGAACGUUCUACAGAAGCGGAGAACUCAGUGAAAUAUCACCAGGCAUGGCACAAACUAUGCAAAGCAGAUGGCAUUCUGGUCCCAGGAGGGUUUGGAAUUCGGGGAACAGAAGGCAAACUCCAAGCUAUCUCCUGGGCGAGAACAAAGAAAAAACCUUUUCUUGGAGUUUGCCUGGGAAUGCAAUUAGCAGUUGUGGAAUUUGCAAGAAACUGUUUGAAUUGGAAAGAUGCAAAUUCUACAGAAUUUGACCCAGAUACGAAAAACCCUGUUGUUAUUGACAUGCCAGAACACAAUCCUGGAGAUAUGGGUGGAACAAUGAGACUGGGGAGGAGGAGAACUGUUUUCAAAACAGAAAAUUCUGUUUUAAGGAAACUUUAUGGUGAUGAGAUGUUUGUAGAGGAGCGACACAGACAUCGAUAUGAGGUGAACCCAGAAUUGACUCACUGCUUUGAAGAGAAAGGUUUGAAAUUUGUUGGCCAUGAUACGGAAGGGAACAGAAUGGAAAUUAUUGAACUGGAGAAUCACCCAUAUUUUGUGGGAGUUCAGUUCCACCCAGAGUUUUCCUCAAGACCUAUGAAACCUUCACCUCCAUACCUUGGGCUGUUGCUAGCAGCAACUGGAACACUCAAUGCAUACCUGCAACGGGGAUGUAAGUUGUCUCCAAGUGACAGCUACAGUGACCUCAGUGAUGACAGCUCUCCAGAGAAAGAGUUUCCUAACUCAGAAACAAGCUGAAAUUAUUGUAUGAGGUCACAGAAAUGGAUGAUGCUGUUGAGAGAGUUGGGAACAGGAUGCUACUGAAUACAGAAGAGUAAGCUCCUUAUGGUCCUCAUAGUCUCCUCCUCCUAUACUGUUUUCAAAAAUUCUCUUUACAGAUGGCAGUUGUACUGUCCUGUAGCAAAAACUGUUCUGUAUAAAUGCUGUUUCUCUUUAAAAGUGUCAAAAUGGUUGCGCACCUUAGCUGUUAAUCAUUAUUGAUCCUAUCCUGUGUUUCAGAAUGAUCUCAGGUGAAUAUGUACUAAUUCACUAGUUCAUGACUGUUCUUGAUUUGAAGAAAGAUUUGAUUGUUUUCAGUUCACCUUAGAAGAUAAAAUGCAUUGGUUCUUUUGAAUGAGAGGGAAUGCACUAAAAAAAAUUUAAAGGGAAAGUUGUCUUAUCCACGAGUGGUGGAGAACUGUUUCAAGUUUGUUUCCCUUUUAAGCUUGUUGUAUAUAUAUAUAUGUAUUUUUUUAACUCUUUUGCUGUUCAAUAUGUACAAAGGAGAAAUUGUUGCUGUAUUUCAGCUCUUUGUCAUUAUAACUAUUGAUGUUGGUUACACAUCUUUUCACUUUGUUCUUGUAAGUGAUUUAACUUUACAAUAGUUCAAGUUUAUUUACGCUAUUUCUCCUGAAAGGCUGAUAAUACCAAACAUAAUUCUGACCUACAAAAUUACAGAAGUGAUAUUAGAAGGCAGUUUUGUAUUUGUAUUUUGUAAGAGAGAAAGUAAAUACACUAAUUUGUUAAAAUGUAAUUUGAACACUUGUAUGAAAGUUUUGGAAGAACCAGUCACAAACGUGGAGUAUAGAUGUGAACUAAGGUUCACCCUUGUUUUCCCUCGUCCAGUGACCACUCCAUGGUCAUGGCGCUCAUUCCCCAAUGGGAUAGAACAGCUUAUUUUUAAUUUAGAAAUCACAAGUGACAAAUCACUGCAUGACAAUUGUGGACAGCCCUGCAAAGCCAGGACUGCAGCUGGAAUUGCUGAGACAGAAGGGGAAGGUAAGAGGUGCUGCACCAUGUUUAAGGCUUGAUCCCAUUAGCAGCGUGGCAUCAUUAGACCUGUCAUAGAAGUGGGACCUCAGCUGUGUGACUGAUGGGCUCCAAAUGCCAGGGACACCCUUUCCUAUAAAGAAAACUUCCGAAUUUUGAGUUUCAUGUUUCAUUUUGGUUUGGAGUAAAGAGACUUUUUAAAUUCAUCAAAAGGUAGACAUCUGUAUGAAAAUAAAAAGCACCAUGUCCCUUAUUACAGCUUUGUAAAACAGUGAGUUUGAGAGCUUUGCAUUGCUUUAGAAAAUCUCAGGUUACACAGUCGAUUUAUCUCUUCACUAAAUGAAGCUUUAAUAGUAAUGAAAUACGAAGUGUGUUCCUGAGGCAGUGCUUUUCUGGAGCGGUUUGCAAAUGUGUGCCUGAGAAACAGCAGGUAUUGGCAGAAUUGGUGUCACUGUAUGUCUUCCCCAAUGAGAGGCACUGGCCACUGGUUUGUGAAAGCGAAGCAUUUGUUAAGGUUGUAUGCUGUGUGCAAAUGUAUUUUCAAAUAUAUUAAAUUGUGUUAUUCAGAA